AGCCCUUCCCAAUUCUUGUGCAACAAUAGUGUACUUUACUUCACCACUACUCAAAUAGAGAAAUACUCACACACAUAAAGUUCCUAAGCAAAAAUGUUCAUAACACAACUACACCAGUCACAUUCCACUCAAAAUCCAUUCCUAUUGCACUCGCAUAAGGCAUUCAUUGAUGGCAAUAGCAAUGGGAAAGGGAAUGGGAAUGCUUCACGUACAAUCUCAAUGCACCACUCAUUUCACAAAAAGGCCAAAUAUGUUGGAGUUCGAUCCAUGGCUAGUAACAUAAAAGUUGUAGCAAGCACUACUGAUGAUGAAGAGGCCAGUUUUGUGAAAGCCAUUAUUACUGUGAAACCUACUAUUGGUGGGUUACUUUCAAACCUUGGGAUAGACCGAGGGCUAGAUGAUAUAAAAGACUUGCUUGGUGAAACACUUGUCUUGGAGCUUGUUAGUACAGAGCUUGAUCCUAAUACGGGAUUUGAGAAGGAUACAAUUAAAGGAUAUGCACACAGGACUAGCCAAGAGGAGGCAGAGGUGAAAUAUGAGUCUAAUUUUGAAGUUCCGAUAGAUUUUGGGCCGAUUGGGGCUGUUUUUGUAGAGAAUGAGCACCACAAGGAGAUGUAUCUUCACGAUAUUAUCCUCAAUGGCUGCCCUAAUGGUCCCAUUCGUGUGAACUGUAAUUCAUGGGUUCAUUCAAAAUAUGACAAUCCUCAAAAAAGGGUCUUCUUUGCACACAAGCAGUCAUACUUGCCAUCACAAACUCCAAGAGGACUGAGGAAGCUAAGGGAAGAAGAGCUUUGGAUUUUACAAGGAAGUGGCGAAGGAGAGCGCAGGAGUUUUGAGAGGGUGUAUGAUUAUGAUACGUACAAUGAUCUUGGAGAUCCUGAUACUAGUGUGGAUCUUAAAAGACCAGUACUUGGUGGCAAAGAGCACCCUUAUCCUAGACGUUGUAGGACUGGGCGCCCUCCGUGUGACACAGAUCCAUUUUCCGAGAAAAGGGGGAGCAACAUUUACAUUCCUAGGGAUGAAGCCUUCUCGGAAGCAAAGCAAGUAGCAUUCUCAGCGAAGACUGUACGCUCAGCAUUGCAUAUAGUAAUACCAACCCUAGAGACUAUAAUCAUCGACGGAGACCUCGGAUUCCCUAACUUCACAGCUGUGGAUUCACUUUUCAAUGAAGGAGUUAAGUUGCCUAGUCUCAAAAAUGAAAAUAAAGGGUUUCUCAAAACCCUUUUACCUCGACUAGUCAAGGCUAUAACUAAUACAACAGACGAUGUGUUGCGUUUUGAGGCCCCAGAAACAAUGGACAGAGACAAAUUCUUUUGGUUUAAGGACGAGGAAUUUGCUAGGCAGACUCUUGCUGGUGUCAACCCACAUAGCAUAAAGUUGGUCACGGAAUGGCCAUUGAAGAGUAAACUUGAUCCUAAGAUCUAUGGACUGCAAGAUUCAGCAAUCACUACAGAAUUAGUUGAACGAGAAAUGAGAGGCUUAAUGACCGUCAAGGAGGCCAUAAGUCAGAAGAAGUUGUUCAUUAUAGAUUACCAUGAUCUAUUUUUACCAUAUGUGAGUAAAGUAAGACAAAUUGAAGGCACAACUCUGUAUGGGUCACGGACACUACUCUUCCUAACCCCAGAUGAAACAUUAUGGCCCCUAGCCAUUGAAUUGACUCGGCCACCAAUGGAUGGGAAGCCACAAUGGAAACAAGUUUUCACACCUUGUUGGGAUUCUACAAGUGUAUGGCUUUGGAGACUUGCCAAAGCUCAUGUCCUUGCUCAUGAGUCUAGUUAUCACCAACUAGUUAGUCACUGGCUAAGAACUCAUUGUGCUACAGAACCUUAUAUCAUAGCCACAAAUAGACAACUCAGUGAGAUGCACCCAAUCUAUAGACUGUUGCACCCACAUUUCCGGUACACUAUGGAUAUUAAUGCUCUUGCUCGAGAAAUACUUAUCAAUGGAGGGGGGAUAUUCGAGAAGUCAUUCACCCCUGGCAAGUACUCCAUGGAGCUUAGCUCCUUCGCCUAUGACCAAGAGUGGCAGUUCAACUUACAGGCACUACCAGCUGACUUAAUUAGCAGGGGAAUGGCUGUUGAGGAUCCAACAGCUCCACAUGGCCUGAAGCUCACAAUUGAGGACUACCCUUAUGCCAGUGAUGGCCUCCUCCUUUGGGACUCCAUGAAAGAGUGGGUGAGUGACUAUGUCAAUCACUAUUACCCUAACCCAAAUCUCAUAGAAUCCGAUCAAGAGCUCCAAGCAUGGUGGACAGAGAUUAGAACUGUUGGCCAUGGUGACAAAAAGGAUGAACCAUGGUGGCCAGUCCUCAAAACCCCAAAAGACCUCAUAGAGAUCAUCACAACAAUAGUUUGGGUGACAUCAGGACACCAUGCAGCAGUGAACUUUGGACAGUACACUUACACAGGCUAUUUCCCUAACCGACCUACUAUUGCUAGAACUAACAUGCCCACUGAAGACCCUUCAAAAGAAACUUGGAAAACCUUCUUGAAAAAACCCGAAGGUGCACUUUUACAAUGCUUCCCUUCACAAAUGCAAGCCACAAAAAUUAUGGCUGUUAUGGACAUACUAUCAAGUCAUUCAUCGGAGGAGGAGUAUAUAGGGGAGAAAAUAGAGCCAACAUGGGCUGAGAACCCGGUUAUAAAGGCGGCUUUUGAACGGUUUAAUGGGAGGUUGAUGGAGCUUGAGGGGACUAUUGAUGAGAGGAAUGCAAACAAGGAUUUGAAGAACAGAAAUGGAGCUGGGGUUGUGCCAUAUGAGCUCUUGAAGCCAUUCUCACCACCUGGAGUGACUGGAAAGGGAGUUCCAUAUAGCAUUUCUGUUUGAAGUUGAAAUAUUGUAUUGUCAUAGAUUACCUCAAAUUCCAACACAUUUCACAUUGAAAAUUAUAAGAAUAACAGGGCCAAAUAAUUUUUUGUGUAACUACAUUAAUUUCACAUAUGUAGGUGACAAACUAGAGCUUUACAUCAUAGAUGCAUUGGUGCUAUUAGAGAAUUAAGGGUUUGCCCCAAGUGAGGGUCUUCUUUCAAUACGAGAAGUCUAGUGAGUCAUGACAAGUGUAGAUGCGACAACUUAUUAAUACUGAAUAAUAAAGUGUUGUUGAUGGUAAGCUUAUA